CCAUGGGUCCCCCUGCACCCGUAUGUCGCAGACAUGGCUGUGGAUAUAACGCUACUUUUUAAAGCCUGUGUCAAAACCGUUAAAACCAGAAACAAGGCUAUAGGCAUAGGUUUUGAUUCUACCAAAGAUGAGAUUUUCAAGCGGAGCAGACCCAAGUAUGGCUUCUCUCCAAAGGCGAAAGAAGUGAUCAUUAACAUCACCAAGCUGAAAGACUUUUUACUACAACACAGGAAGGAUUAUGUGAGUGCGGGAAGUCUCAUCUCAUCAGAUCUCACCCGCAUGACGGAUAGCGAACGUGAUCAGAUUGACCAGGAUGCCCAAAUCUUCAUGAGGACAUGUUCCGAGGCCAUCAAACAACUACGCACUGCAGCUGAGAAGCAGGUCACAUCAGCCCAGACUAAAGAGCACAGGGGCGCAGUCUUGGACCUCAUUGAAAUGUAUUUGAAAGGAGUAUGUAAGCUGUACUCAGAGCAGAGGGCCAUUAGAGUCAAGAGGAUGGUGGACAAGAAGAGACUGUCAAGACUGGGAUCUGAUCAGCACAGUCGUGUCGAGAAAAUAGUGGAUGAGGAGCCCAAGGAGGAAAAGACAGUGAAGGAGGAAAGCUCUGACAAGAGUGCAACAGAGGUGUUGGACCAAAGCAUCAACCUGUGGGAGGAAGGCAAAGUGGAGGAUGAGCUCUCUCCUGAGGAGAUCCAAAUGUUUGAGCAAGAAAAUCAGAGGCUGAUCAGUGAAAUGAGCAACCUAGUAGAUGAAGUGAGGCAAAUUGAGGGGAAGGUGGUCGAAAUCUCAAGGCUGCAGGAAAUCUUUUCUGAGAAAGUCCUCCAACAAGAGACUGAAAUUGAUAACAUUCAUCAGUUGGUGGUUGGCGCAACAGAGAAUGUGAAAGAAGGCAAUGAGGAUAUACGGGAGGCGAUCAAAAACAAUGCUGGCUUCCGUGUAUGGAUUCUCUUCUUCCUGGUGAUGUGCUCUUUCUCACUGCUCUUCCUGGAUUGGUAUGACAGCUAACAAGCCCACCACCAUGGACCGUGGCAUGAUGCCAGGUUGUCCAGCACAGUCACAUUGUGAUGAAGAAGUGAUGACAUCAAUGGACUAGUAGAUUUAUCGUGUUGGACUUUAAAGACACCAGACUCUUAAGAGUCUUGUGGCCUCUUCACCAGAAUUAUUUAUCUGCUUAACAUAAGUUAAAGGCAGCCUCUGUGGAUGGAGCCACACUUGGAUUGAGCACUACGUCCGCUUUUCGGAUGGCGUUAUGGUCUUGGGAAGCAAGCGAUUUAUAAAAGGCUAACGUCAUUGACUGAUAAACAGGCCUAUGAUCCUUUUUAACAAUCUUAAUGUAUCUGAAGGUUCCCCUUAGACUCGAAUUGCAUCGGCUUUGCAAUCUUGUUUUUGUUAUAACAUAACAAUCGUGCAUCCAUAAAUCCAACUCCACUGUCAGACUGGGAAUGUUUUGCCUUCAGCACCAGAAUGUGUGCCCAUUAAAGCAACUCAUCGCUCACAGUGUCAUCUCAGAGGUUUCAAUGGCAUUUUCUACCAUUGUUCUUGACUUCUUGACUUGCAAUUUAAUAACAGUUUUUUUUUUGUUUUUUUGUUUUUUAUAAAUAUGUCAGGUUUUCAGACAAGAUUGAGAGCAGCAAAUAGACAAGGCCUGUUUUGGUUAGUGUUUACUGAAGGAGAUGAGUCCAUCAGCUGUAUUUAUUAUACAUAGUAUUCCUCAUCUAUUGGGAUACAGAUCUAUAGAGCUCUACACGUUUCCCCUGCUAAUCACGGGGGACAGAGACCGAGACCUGUAGGUGCCACAAGAUGGCAGAAAAAGCACUUAAUUGACUUCAAAAUAGUUCCUUUGCACCAACACGAUGCCAAAUUAAUACUUUGUUUUGGCCUGACAAUAAAAGCAGCAAAUAGGUGAGUUUUUCCACAAAUAGCUGAGACCAAGUCAAAACAAAUGCAGCUAAUAGGUGCAUUUACAGAUGUCGAACCACACAUACAGUAUCUUAUGCCCUGAUGUUGUGUACAUUGUGUAUAUUAUAUUACAUACUAAUACAAACUCCCAAUUGCAAUGAAGUUGGGAUAUUGUGUAAAACGUAAAUGAAAACAGAGUAUUUGCAAAUUCUUUUCAACCAUUUAUUUCAUUGAGCACACUACAAAGACAAGAUAUUUGUUCAAGCUGAUGACUGUUAUUUUUUUUUUUGCAAAUAUUCUUUCAUUUUGAAUUUGAUGCCUGCAACAUGGUCCAAAGAAAGCUGGGACAUGGGCAACGAAAGACGGGGGAAAUUGAGAAAUGCUCAAAAAACACCUGUUGGGAACAUUCCACUUGUGAACUGGUUCAUUGGAAUUAAUUGGUGAGUAUCGUGAUUCGGUAUAAAAGGAGCAUCUCUGAAAGGCUCAGUUGUUCACUAGCAAGGACGGGGCGAAGUACACCACUUCGUGAACAACUGCGUGAGCACAUGGUCUUUUAACAGUUUAGGAACAAUAUUUCUCAACGUUCAAUUGCAAGGAAUGUAGAGAUUUCAUCAUCUACCGUCCAUAAUAACAAAAGAUUCAGACAAUCUGGAGAAAUCUGCAAAUACAGGGCAAGGCCGAAAACCAACAUUGAGUCCCCGUGCUCUUUGAUCCCUCAGGCAGCACUGCAUUGUGUAAAGGAUAUGCCACGUGGGCUCAGGAACACUUCAGGAAACCAUUCUCACUUAACACAGUUUGUUGUUGUAGCUACAAACUCAAGUUAACACGCUACCAUGAAAAGCGAAAGCCAUAUUCUGUCAACAACACCAGCAGUCCAGACCUGUCUCACAUUGCAAAUGCAAACUAUGACAAUGGAGACCCCGGACUGUUGAGCAACUGAAGUUGUACAUCAAGCAAGAAUGGCAAAGAUUUCCACCUGCAAAGCUUCAACAAUUGCUGUAAAUGUUAAGUGCCUGUUUAAAUGUAUUUGUAUUAUGCGUUGAAAGGACCCCCUUGAAAAUGACAUGAU